ACGAGCUGGCACAUGUGCUACUGCUGCUCGUGCAAGAAAAAAUAGGUCUAUUUAAUGGAGGAUUCCGAGACCUCUGCACUACCCAGAGUGAAGUCCAGAGUAUCUCCAGCCAACACGACUUCUGAUGAUGUUGUGCACGUCGCGACACCAGCUGAGUUUGUGAGACGAUUUGGAGGCAAUCGAGUCAUUGAGAGAGUUCUUAUUGCAAACAAUGGCAUUUCAGCUGUUAAGUUCAUGCGUUCGAUACGACUAUGGGCUUAUGAGAUGUUUGGUAACGAGAAAGCAAUUCGUUUUGAUGUCAUGGUGACUCCUGAGGAUCUCAAGGCGAAUGCCGAGUACAUUAGAAUGGCAGAUCAAUAUGUUCAUGUUCCUGGUGGAUCGAACAAUCACAAUUAUGCAAAUAUUGAUCUGAUCCUUGAUGUAGCCAAACGAACAGGAGCUCAAGCUGUUUGGGCUGGAUGGGGUCACGCAUCAGAGAAUCCAAAACUGCCAGAGCUGCUACAGAAACAUGGCAUUACUUUCAUGGGACCACCCGAGAGAGCAAUGUGGGCUCUUGGAGACAAAAUUGCAUCGACAAUUAUGGCGCAGUCGGCAGAUGUACCAACAUUGCCAUGGAGCGGUUCAGGUUUGAUUAUUGGCAAUGCAAAUGAAAGGUUAGCAAGUGGCAAGACAGUGGAAAUACCUGAGGACCUCUACAAACGUGGAUUCAUUACAUCUUCUGCAGCUGGUUUAAAGAUAGCGACAGAUAUCGGCUUUCCAGUCAUGAUCAAGGCGUCUGAAGGUGGAGGUGGUAAAGGCAUCAGGAAGGUACAAUCGGCACAAGAAUUUCAAACAGCCUUUGAACAGGUUCAAACAGAGGUGCCUGGAUCUCCAAUUUUUAUUAUGAAGUUAGCAACAAAGGCACGACAUCUUGAAGUCCAAGUGCUCGCUGAUCAACACGGAAACGCCAUUUCUUUGUUCGGUCGUGACUGCUCUGUUCAACGACGUCACCAGAAGAUCAUUGAAGAGGCUCCAACUACCGUAGUGUCACAGUCUAUGUUUGAUGAAAUGGCAAAGGCUGCUGUGAGGCUGACAAAAAUGGUUGGGUAUGUGAGUGCUGGUACAGUGGAAUACCUGUACGUGGACGGUGAAGGAUUUUACUUUCUGGAAUUCAAUCCUAGAUUGCAGGUGGAACAUCCUUGCACCGAGAUAAUCGCAGACGUUAAUUUACCGGCUGCUCAGUUUCAGGUGGCAAUGGGCAUUCCACUGCAUCGCAUCAAGGAUAUCCGUGUGCUGUACCAUGCUGGAUCAUGGAACACAACUCCUAUCGACUUCGAAAAACCCAGUCACAAGCCAGAACCGCACGGUCAUGUCAUUGCUGCACGAAUCACAGCAGAGAAUCCAGACGAAGGAUUUAAACCUAGUGGUGGUACAGUACAAGAGCUGACGUUUCGAAGCAGUAAGAACGUGUGGGGAUACUUCAGUGUCAGUGCAUCCGGUGGUCUACACGAGUAUGCAGAUUCCCAGUUUGGCCACUGCUUUGCGUGGGGUGAAGAUCGAGAGAAAGCUCGCAUGAAUCUUGUACUCGCUUUGAACCAGGUAUCAAUCAGAGGUGACUUUCGGACAACAGUUGAAUACCUUAUCAAACUGCUUGAAGCGGAUGAAUUUAUUUCUAAUGAUAUCAGCACAGUUUGGCUUGAUAAACUGAUUGCCGGGAGAGUACAAAGUGAGAAACCAGACAUUAUGGUGGCUGUUGUGGCUGCAUCAUUGCAUGUUGCUGAUUCAACGUUUCAGAAACGUUUUAGUCAGUAUGAGCACUCACUUGCACGGGGUCAAGUUAUGAGUGCAGCCCCUUUGACAUCUGGAAUAGAUGUUGAUCUUAUUUACGAGAACAUGAAGUAUGUUGUACAGGUCUAUCAGUGUGCUCUUGAAGGAUACUUUGUAUUGUUAAAUAACUCAUGGAUUAAACUGGAGGUUCACAGGAUGUCAGAUGGAGGGCUGCUAUUCUCUAUUGCUGGUAACAGCUAUAGUACAUAUAUGAAGGAAGAAGUUGAUCAAUACCGAAUUAUUAUUGGUGGGAAAACGUGUAUUUUUGGCAAAGAAUGUGACCCAUCUAUUCUCAGAUCUCCGUCAGCUGGAAAACUGAUUCGGUAUCUUGUGGACGAUGGUGGUCAUGUGUUUGCUGGUGAUGCAUAUGCUGAGAUUGAGGUGAUGAAGGCUGUAAUGUCUUUGACUGUUUCGGAGAAUGGCUGCAUUCAUUGUGUGAAGCAUGCUGGUGCAAUCCUGGAUUCUGGCACUGUUAUUGCACAUCUUGAACUAGACGAUCCCAGCAGAAUCAGACAAGCAGUCAAGUUUGAAGGACAGCUACCAUUCGCUCAGCACAGUUUUCUCACUGAAGGCGCUCGACUGCAUGAGAUGUUUGCAUCUAGUCAUGCCAUCUUGGAGAAUAUUUUGAAGGGCUAUUGUGUUCCUGAUCCAUUCUUUAAUCAAAAACUUGAAGAGACAUCUAGUGCUCUCAUGAGAGCUUUGCUGGACCCAAACUUACCACUCAUUGAAAUGCAGGAAAUUUUAUCAACAUUGACUGGUCGGAUUCCAGUGAAAAUUGAACGCACAAUCCAGAAGCUGCUGUCUCAGUAUUCGAGCAAUGUGACAUCUAUGCUGUGCCAAUUUCCUGGAAGACAGAUUGAAAACAUGAUUGACACGUAUGCUCAAGAUGUGGGCCGUACUGAGAAUAAUGCUUUUUUCAUGAACAUGAUGGGUGUUAUAAAACUGAUCCAGAGAUAUCGAGAAGGAAUUCGUGGUCACAUGAAAAAUGUCCUUUUGUCGUUUUUUAAAGAAUACUUGAGAGUAGAAAGUGCGUUUAAUCACGGCAACUAUGAUGUUUGUGUUGCAAGACUUCGAGAUAGUCACAAAGAUGACAUGGCUGCUGUUGUCGGGUUUGUUUUGUCUCACCAACAAGUGGCUAGAAAGAAUGCACUGAUCGUGAAUCUUAUUAGUCGGUAUUGUGCACAUCAGAGUGCUUGGUCUGAUGAUGUGUUGUUCGUUCUGCAAGAGUUGGCCAGUUUGAAUAAUCAGAAAAAUGCAAAAGUGGCAUUGAAAGCUCGACAGGUAAUGAUUGAAAGCAGUCAGCCAUCGUUUGAAGUUCGAUACAAUGAGGUUGAGUCCGUUUUCUUACUAUGCCUUCAUUCACCAGAUGCAUCAGACCAACUGCAGAAACUCAUCCAGUCAGAAUCAUCAUUGUUUGAUGUGCUGCCGAGCUUCUUCUACCACAUUAAUGCUGGCGUUUGCAGAAUGGCAUUAGAAGUGUACGUCCGCAGAGCAUAUAUAGCAUACGAGAUGGUCUGUCUGAAUCAUGGACAGGUGGAUGGAUUGCCAAUCGUGGAGUGGCAGUUUAUGUUGCCACAAUCUCAUCCUAAUAGACGACCGCAGCCUUCAAGAAAGUUGAAAAAGCAUUCAAUUCCACAAGUAUUCAGCAUCGGUGAUAAGUUGUCUGACCUGCCAGGAAUUCCUCAAUGUGAACGAAUGGGAGUAAUGGUGGCUUGUGAGACUCUAGAAGAUUUUGAGAAACGCUUUGAAAACAUUUUAUGUCGCUUCAGAGACAGUUUGUCUCUUCCUGGCACUCCAAUCAGUGGAACAGCUCGCUUACCUUCAGUCGAGGAAGGAAAACCACAAGAUGACGUUGAUGACCCCCGACAUAUUAUCAACGUGGCUCUGAAGUCAUUUCAGAGCACUGAGACAGACACCUUGCCACCAACACCUUUACUCGCAUUUAUUGACAAAUGGAGAGAUUACAUGCGAACAAAGAGUUUACGACGAAUUUCGUUUUUGCUUCAUAGCAGGGGCGUCUGUCCACAGUACUACACUUUCAGAUCGUCAACUAAUUUUGGUGAAGACGCCAUCUAUCGCCACAUGGAACCAGCUCUUGCCUUUCAGUUGGAGAUAAACAGAAUGUCUAACUUUGAUCUGCAAGUUAUACCCUCUUUGAAUCCACGAAUGCAUUUGUACUUGGGCUCUGCAAAGAUGCCAAAGGGACAAAAGAGCACUGAUCUUCGACUCUUUAUCCGCUCCAUCAUCCGUCAUUCUGAUUUCAUCAGCAAGGAGGCCACAAUAGAGUACAUGGUGGAAGAAGGAGAACGUUGCUUGCUAGAAGCUCUUGACGAGUUAGAAGUUUACUGCAACAAUCCAGAAUUCAAGAGCACAGAUUGUAACCACAUCUUUCUAAACUACGUACCACCGUUCAUUGUUCCUGACAUAAACAAGGAAAAUGUCAUUUUUCCAAUUAUUUUGCGGCAUGGUCGGAGAUUAUGGAAUCUCAGAGUGAUGCAAGCUGAAAUCAAACUGUGCUUGAGGUCUGUUCCUAAUGGACCGAAUAUUCCAGUUCGCUUCUUUAUCACCAAUUCAUCUGGCUACAAUCUUGAGUUGCAUGUUUAUCAAGAAGUAGAGGAUCCCCUGACCGGAGAGCUUGUGCUGAGAUCAUAUGGUCCCAAGACAGGCCCAAUGCAUGGUCAAAAGAUUAAUGCACCAUUUGUUCCCAAAGACUAUGUCGAGAUGAAACGAUCGGCUGCCCAUGCUUUACAGACGACGUAUGUUUAUGAUUAUCUGAACUUGUUUCAGCAGGCUGUUGAGAAACAGUGGAGAAAACAUGCCAAGGCAUUAGGACAACAAGAGAACAUUCCUGAACAAGUGAUGUCUGCAACAGAGCUGGUGCUUGCUGAUCAGAAAACACUCAAAGAAGUCAAUAGAUCACCAGGCCAGAAUGAUGUUGGUGUCGUCGUGUGGAAAGCCAAAAUGUUUACUCCAGAAUGUCCUAAUGGCAGAGAGAUCCUCCUUAUUGCCAAUGAUGUUACUUACAAAAUAGGUUCGUUUGGACCACAAGAGGACCAGCUUUUCAAUAGAGCAUCAGAAAUGGCUCGUUCUCUUGGCAUACCAAGAAUCCACAUUGCAGUGAACAGCGGUGCUCGCAUAGGACUAGCUGAAGAGGUAAAGCAGCUGUUUCAAGUGGCCUGGGUUGACAACGCCGACCCAAACAAGGGAAUCAAGUACCUGUAUCUAAACCCAGUGGACUUCACUCAAUUGUCACAUAGUGUUAAAGCAGAGCUGAUUGAGGAUGAGGGAGAGUCUCGUUACAAAAUCACCGACAUCAUUGGUGAAGAGGAAGGUCUUGGUGUUGAGAACUUGCAGGGAUCAGGAAUGAUUGCUAGAGAAACAUCUCUAGCAUACAACGAGAUAGUUACUCUCAGUCUGGUUUCAUGUCGAACUAUCGGAAUUGGUGCGUAUCUCGUCCGUUUGGGCCAACGCAUUGUUCAAGUCGAGAAUUCAAACAUUAUACUGACCGGUGCCGGGGCAUUGAACAAAGUUCUGGGGAAACAAGUCUAUUCGUCAAACAACCAGCUUGGUGGACCUCGAAUAAUGCACUACAAUGGUGUCACUCAUCUUGCUGUAGGAGACGAUCUAGCUGGAGUUCAGGCAAUUGUCCAUUGGCUCUCUUAUAUCCCUGCCGUCAGAAAUGCUCCAUUGCCGUUGUUGCCAACCAGUGACCCAGUUGAGAGAACAGUUGACUUUAUGCCGACCAAAGUGCCUUAUGAUCCACGCUGUAUGCUGGAAGGAAGACCAAAUCCUGACAACAGCUCGAAGUGGCAGUCUGGGCUCUUUGACAAGGGAAGUUUCGUUGAAACUAUGAAGCCAUGGGCACAGUCUGUCAUAUGUGGCAGAGCAAGACUGGGAGGCAUUCCAGUCGGGGUAAUAGCUGUCGAGACGCGUUCGGUCGAAUGUGUUGUACCUGCAGAUCCAGCCAAUGUGGACUCGGAAGCACAGAUUGUAACUCAAGCAGGACUGGUGUGGUACCCUGACUCGGCUUUCAAGACCGCUCAGGCUAUAUCAGACUUCAACAUGGAACAGCUUCCUCUCAUUAUCUUCGCCAAUUGGCGUGGUUUCUCGGGAGGCAUGAGAGAUAUGUAUCAAGAAGUUCUCAAAUAUGGUGCUCUCAUCGUGGAUGCACUUCGUCAGUACAAACAGCCAGUAAUUAUUUAUAUUCCUCCAAAUGGUGAGCUUCGAGGUGGAGCAUGGGUUGUGUUGGACUCAACGAUCAACCCAGAGAUGAUUGAGAUGUAUGCUGACAAAGACAGCAGAGGUGGCGUUCUCGAGCCUGAGGGCACAGUAGAAGUGAAGUACAAGACCAGGGAUCUCGUGAAAACGAUGGAUCGAUUGGACCCAGAGUGCAGACGUAUCGGAAAUGCACUCGGAAAUUCUGGCAUACUCGAAGCCGACCAAAAUACUUUACAGCACGAGUUAGAGCAAAGACACAAACACUUAGAACCAACCUAUCAUCAAGUUGCAGUACAGUUUGCCGAUCUUCAUGACACAGCCGGUCGAAUGCAAGACAAAGGAGUCAUUCUGGACAUCUUGGAUUGGCGUAACUCUCGUGGGUAUUUGUACUGGCGGCUGAAACGACGAUUACUCGAACAAGAAGUAGUGAAGAAGGUCAUAGACGCUAACAGUACUUUGUCUCACGGUCAAACCAUGUCAAUGUUGAAACGAUGGUUCAUUGAACAGCAUGGUGUCGUAAAGAAUUACCUGUGGGACGACAACAAGACCGUUGUCGGGUGGCUGAGUCAGCAGCUUAGCGACAACGCCGCUACAUCUGUCAUCGAACAGAACACCAAGUUCGUGAAACGAGAUCACGUCCUCAAACAGAUCAAAAGCCUCGUUCAAGCUAACCCCGAGGUGGCAAUGGAUUCUAUUAUUCACAUCACACAUCACAUGAGCCCCAACCAACGGAUGGAGCUCGCUCGUGUGUUGUCUUCGCUCGAUGCCCAUCCAGAACCGGUAUCUACUCUCACAGACUCUCCAUAGUUCGGUCGAAAACUUAAUAUUUUCGUAUCAUGACAGCAAUAAAUUGUUUUCUUUACUCACCACAUGUUCUGUUAUUUACGACAAUAGAGGGCGCUUUUAGCCCACCACUUGAAGAAACAAGUGUCUACGGCAAGUAAGAAUUAAUGUGCAUGCCACAGUGUGUAUAGAGCUUGCAGUCGACACCUCACGAAAUGGCAUGCCCUCUUAGCAAUACAAACGAAGUCGUAG